AUGACCCUCUUCAAAAGGCCGUGCAUCUACUCAAAGAUACACAAGGACGACCCCGAAGAGGUAUUUCACCGACGAGCCAAGUUCUUGAUUUACAAAACGCUUCAAGAAGUCGACCUCAUUUCUCGUCGUUCUUCUCCUCCUUCGUCGUUUCUACGGAUGAAGCUUUUCCGAUUGAAGGCGAAGAUCGGAAAAAGUUUGACUAAGCUGCGUAAGAGCGUGGUAUCCGCGGUUAGAUUUGGCGGAAUUCGGAAGCAUUCUCUUAGCGGUGUGAGAGCCUUGAAGAAGCUGUUCCACAGUGGUGCAACAACCGGACUACCAAGGCCUAUUUUCGCUCUUGAAGUUUGA